CAUUUUUGGGGGGUGCAAAUAAAAAGGAGCUAACAUCAGACCAAAAUUUUAGAGUUUAUAACAUUUAUAAAAUAAAUUAUCCAAAUUUUCCUCCUGCAUACAAAAAGUGCAUUUCUUAUAAAGGGUAAAUUUUGUGCAGAAAUUUAAAGUGCACUUCUUUGAUUUUGUUAUAGAUACAGAAUUUAUAUCGAGCUAACUAAUUUCCAAUCAAUAUCUGGGAUCUGAGCAUUCAAAAAAGGUUUUCCUCUAGGACAGAUUUUACGCUUGGAUUGAAAAAUUAAUCUAUUUUUUUUACUGGAAGGGGAAAAGAGUUUAAAACCAUAUUAUGUUGAAUGUUAUGUUAUGUUGAAAACAAAUCUUCCAAGCCAAAUUUGAUAAUGUAUCACAAAUAAUGCAAGAUAUGGGCAUAAAUCUCUCAAAACGUUGGCGAUUAAUUCACAGAGUAAUCAAUUACCAGGAAACACGUUUUUAAUAAAGUUUGAAGAGGUUAUCGGGUGACACUGAUUUGGAGCGACCACAGUGUAGUCUGUUUAUAGCCUCAGUAUUAUUUUACUUCUGCCGAUUGAAUUUAGGCUUCAAAAAUAGCAACUAUUGUGUUAAUCUGUAAAGAUUAUCUUAAUAGACAAAACGUGUAAACCUCAUGAACAUUUCUUUAUCACAGAUCUUAUUUUUGUGAUCUUCUGAAAGUCAAUGGGAAAAUGCAUAGGCUUUUGGUUGAGGGAACCCAUACGGAAAUGUAAUAUAUUCACAUAUAUGUGAAACACUGCUGAAUAUAUUGAAAUAUAUUUUGAAAACUGUAUUUGGACUGUAUUUCUGCACUGCAGUCAAACUAACAGCAGCCAUUUUAAUUGUUGUUUGCCAUAUAUGGGUCUUUCUGCUAAUUGGCUAUUAAAUAUUGCCAUAUAUGGGCAUAUUGAUGUGUGACCUCCUUAGCUCAUCAGUCCUGAGGUAAAAUUUCUGGCAAGAUAGUGUGAAACUGCAACAUAUAGCAUUGUAAAAACAGAGAAUAUUUGCGACUUUUUUAAUUUAUUUUUAUUUUGAAGAUUGUUUUGAUAAAAACAACGAUACCUUUCAUGGAGUGUGUCCAGGAAACACAAGGUGGCUGGCCGGUCUAACGUUACAUUGACACAUAAGAAGGCAACUGUUGGACAGUUGGGCCGGACCAUGAAUCCCAUGGGAGAAAGGAAUAUGAUCCUUUCAGAGUCUGUGGAGGUGAUCAGAUUCAUGAGUUGAGAUCAGACUGAUGUGACUGAAUGAAUGAUGGAUGAUUCACAAACACUCCGAGAUGAAGAUUAUUCUCCAGGAUUCAGUUACUAUUGUCCACUUCCUGAAGUCCUCAACACAUUCAGAUCAAAUCUGAGGAAGAAGUUUGAGUGUUUGUGUGAAGGAACAUCACAUGAGAGAAACCCAACACUGCUGAAUGAGAUCUACACAGAGCUCUACAUCACAGAGAGUGAAAGUGGAGAGAUCAGUAAUGAACAUGAGGUGAGACAGAUUGAGAGACAAUCCAGGAGAACAGCAACAGAGGACACACCAAUCAAAUGCAAUGACAUCUUUAAAGCUUUACCUGCACAAGACAAACCCAUCAGACGUGUGCUGACAAAGGGAGUCGCUGGCAUUGGAAAAACAGUCUCUGUGCAGAAGUUCAUUCUGGACUGGGCUGAAGGGAAAGAGAAUCAGGACGUCCACCUCAUAUUUCCACUUCCUUUCAGAGAGAUCAAUCUGAUGAAGAAGAAAACACUGAGUCUUUUACAUCUUCUUCAUCUUUUCUUCCCGGAGACGAAAGAAAUGGAAAUCUCCAGCGGUGAAUAUAAAGUGUUGUUAAUCUUUGAUGGUUUGGACGAGUGUCGUGUGUCUCUGGAUUUCCACAGCAGUGUGAGGUUGUGUGAUGUCACUGAAUCAGCCUCAGUGGACGUGAUCCUGACAAACCUCAUGGCGGGGAAUCUGCUUCCCUCUGCUCUCAUCUGGAUCACCUCCAGACCAGCAGCAGCUGAUCUCAUCCCCUCUGAGUGUGUUGAUCGAGUCACAGAGGUACGAGGCUUCACUGACAAACAGAAGGAGGAAUACUUCAGCAAGAGAAUCAGUGAUGAGAGUCUGAACCACAGAAUCAUCUCACACCUGAAGUCAUCCAGGAGCCUGUACAUCAUGUGUCACAUCCCAGUGUUCUGCUGGAUUUCAGCCACUGUUCUAGAGAGAAUGUUGAGUGAAGCAGAGAGUGAAGGAGAGAUCCCCAAGACUCUCACUCAAAUGUACACACACUUCCUGAUCAUUCAGACACACAUCAAACAUCAGAAGGACUAUGAGAAGAAAGUGAAGAAUGAUGAAGACAUGAUCUUCAAACUGGCCAAACUGGCCUUUGAGCAGCUUGUGAAAGGCAAUGUGAUCUUCUAUGAUGAGGACCUGAGAGAGUGUGGCAUUGAUGUAGCAGAAGCAUCAGUGUACUCAGGAUUGUGCACUCAGAUCUUCAGAGAGGAGUUUGGCUUGUAUCAGGGGAAAGUUUACUGCUUUGUUCAUCUGAGCAUUCAGGAACAUCUCGCAGCUCUUUAUGCUCACAUCUCCAUCACAAACAACAAGAGAAAUGUGUUUGAUGAAGGUCCUGAAGUGACAAAUAAACAACGUAAAACUGAAAAUCCUGGUUGGUUUUCAAAAAUUGUGGACAUAUUUAAAUUACCAGAUUUAUUAUCUGAGUUUCAUCAGAGAGCUGUAGACGAGUCUCUACAGAGUCAGAAUGGACAUCUGGAUCUUUUCCUGCGUUUUCUUCUGGGUGUCUCACUGGAGUCCAAUCAGAUUCUCUUACAGGAUCUACUGACACAGAUGAGAAGAUGCUCCUACAAGAAAGAGAAAACUGUUGUGUACAUUAAACAGAAGAUCAGUGAGAAUCUGUCUCCAGAGAAAUCCAUCAAUCUGAUUCACUGUUUGAAUGAUCUGGAUGAUGAUUCACUGCUGCAGGAGAUUCAACAUUAUGUGACAUCUAAAUCAGUCGGAUGCUCCAAACUCUCCUCUUCACAGUGGUCAGCUGUAGUUUUUGUGUUGUUGAUGUCUGAAAAGCAUUUGGAUGAACUUGAUCUGAAGAAAUUUAUUGGAGGUAAAAAUACAGCAGAUGAAGUUCUUGUGAAACUGCAGCCUGUGAUUAAAGAAUCCAGAAAACUAAAGUUGAGUUGGUGUAAGAUCACAGAUGAAGGUUGUGUUGCUCUGUCUUCAGCACUGAGAUCAAACCCCUCACACCUGAAAGAUCUGAAUCUGUUUAAGAUUAAUCUGAGAGAUUCAGGAGUGAAGCUGAUCUCUACUGGUCUGGAGAAUCCUCACUGUAAACUGGAGACACUGUGGUUGAGUUUGUGUAAUAUCACAGAUGAAGGUUGUGUUGCUCUGACUUCAGCUCUGAGAUCAAACCCCUCACACCUGAGAGAACUGAAUCUGUCUUAUAAUAAUCUGAGAGAUUCAGGAGUGAAGCUGAUCUCUACUGGACUGGAGAAUCCUCACUGUAAACUGGAGACACUGAGGUUGAUUCAGUGUAAGAUCACAGAUGAAGGUUGUGUUGCUCUGACUUCAGCUCUGAGAUCAAACCCCUCACACCUGAGACAUCUGGAUCUGUCUGUGAAUAAUGUAGGAGAUUCAGGAGUGAAGCUGAUCUCUACUGGACUGGAGAAUCCUCACUGUAAACUGGAGACACUGGGGUUGUGUAGUUGUAAUAUCACAGAUGAAGGUUGUGUUGCUCUGAGUUCAGCUCUGAGAUCAAACCCCUCACACCUGAGACAUCUGGAUCUGUCUGAUAAUAAUGUAGGAGAUUCAGGAGUGAAGCUGAUCUCUACUGUACUGGAGAAUCCUCACUGUAAACUGGAGACACUGGAGUUGAGUCGGUGUAAGAUCAAAGAUGAAGGUUGUGUUGCUCUGACUUCAGCUCUGAGAUCAAACCCCUCACACCUGAGACAUCUGGAUCUGUCUGAUAAUAAUGUAGGAGAUUCAGGAAAGAAGCUUCUCUUUAAGCUGAGAGAUGAUCCACAUUAUAAACUAGAGUCAGUGAGCAGCUUUACAGGAGCAAAUAAGAAAAACACAGAAAGGAGUUGGUGGCAACAGUAAGGUGUGUGUUUAAAGGUGUCUGUGUGAUCUUCAGUAUCAUCUGAUGGUGAAUAAGAUGACGACACUAUAGUGACAUUACAGACACACAAUCAAUACAGACUGAAGACCCAAUAACACUGUUUGAAAACAAUCGUUCACACAUUCAGUUUCAUAAUCCUGUGAUAGUCUUGAUGAAGUGACUGAAAAACUUCUUUAACAAAAGAAAAUGAUGUUCCCCAAUAUUGUCAGGACAGUAAACACAAACAAAUGUUGUAUAAACUACUACUGCCACUUUCUACAUUUUAAGUUAUUAUUCUGUCCAAAAACUGCCCUGCAUUUACAUUUUGUUUAAUUUGUUAAAAGACCACAAACCUGAAAUGACAUCACCAAAGAUUUUUAAUGCUUCUUCUGAGGUAGUUUUUAUUUGUAGCAUAUUAUUAUAAUGUUUGAUUCUGUUUCUAAUUAUUCUGUCUAGUUAUUUGAUUUGACUCACUUAUUAUUAGUUUGUUUCUUUUCUCGUUAAGUUUAUAAAAUAAUGCAAUAUAUGAAAUGUAUAUAUGUAUGAAUAUAUGUAUAAAUAUGACACAAUUGUAAUAUAAUCAUCAGCAGCAGUUACUGACAGUAUUAAACAUGGAAACUCAUUA